GUUGUCGCUUUCCGUCGGAGCUCUCGGCUGCCAGUGGUGUAGGAGGCUCGCCGUAGCUAUGGGCAGUAGCGGCGAUGGUGGCUGCGUCCCAGAGCAGGAAAACUCCGUACUAUUUCGGCGCGGUACAGGCCAGAGUGAUGAUUCUGACAUUUGGGAUGAUACAGCAUUGAUAAAAGCAUAUGAUAAAGCUGUUGCUUCCUUUAAGCAUGCGCUGAAGAAUGGUGACAUUUCAGAUAAACCACAAGGUGAAACUUCAGGCAAACCAAAAGGCAUACCCAGAAGAAAACCUGUUAAGAAGAAUAAAAGCCAGAAGAAGAAUACCACAACUCCCUCAAAACAGUGGAAAGUGGGUGACAGGUGUUCAGCUGUUUGGUCAGAAGAUGGUUGCGUUUACCCAGCUACCAUUGCUUCUGUGGAUUUGAAGAGAGAAACCUGUGUUGUGGUCUACACUGGCUAUGGAAACAGAGAGGAGCAGAAUCUGUCUGAUUUGCUUCCUCUGAGCUCAGAAUCAGCUAACAACAUGGAACAGAAUGCUCAGGAGAAUGAAAAUGAAAGUCAAGUUUCAACAGAUGAAAGUGAGAACUCUUCCAAGUCUCCAGGAAGUAAACCAGGCACUGUCAGGUCAAAAGCCACACCUUGGAGCUCCUUUUUCCCUCCACCACCCCCUGCUCCUGGCUCUGGAUCGGGACCUGGAAAGCCAGGUCUGAAGUUCAGUGGCCCACCUCCACCACCACCACCACCGCCACACUUCCUAUCAUGCUGGCUACCUCCACUUCCGGCUGGACCGCCAAUGAUCCCCCCACCUCCUCCCAUCUGUCCAGACUCCUUCGAUGACGCGGACGCUCUAGGCAGCAUGCUCAUGUCAUGGUACAUGAGUGGCUAUCACACUGGCUACUACAUGGGUUUCAGACAAAAUCAAAAAGAAGGGAGGGGCUCACAAUUCAAUUGAGUGAGAAAGUGGCUUCUGGCCAGGACUUCAGCGCAGCCUGAAGACUCCACCUCCACCGGCAGCUGCGCUUGCACACCUGUGACGUAGGGCAAGGGUGAGGACCUCUGUGAGGUUCCUACAGAUUUUCACUCCUCUUCAAGCCAUCCUCUGCUCCCUGCCUGCUCAGGCUCCAGCACCUGGUCUGAGGCCUGAGAAGCAGCUAGCUGCUUGGGCUGGGAACCCGCUGCUGCCUCGGCUGCUCUGUGCUGCAGGCUGGAAGCCACGCCAGCCAGGAGGACUUGGAAAUUCAUGUCCAGGGCCCGCUCCUACCCAGUGCCUGCAAACAGUCACAUCGCAGAUUUGCUGUUUUGUAGUCUGCAACAGAACAAGAGGAAAAUGCAUCCACCUCCAGUUCUUCUAAACAUUUGUCAUCACUUCAUGGAUGAUUGGCUGGAUGACCCAGUUUGCUGAGUCAUUUUUCCACUUGACUUACUUUUUCUGGUACUGGAGAUUGAAUUCAGAGCUAUGUCCUUGGCCACUUUUCAUUUUGAGGCAGAGUCUUGCUGUGUUGCCUGGGGUAAGUUGCCUUGUUGAGCUGAAGUUGAGAUGCUACUGCCUUAGCCUCUUGGGACCCUGAGGUGACAGGCACACAGCUCCAUGUCUACCACCA